AUGUUCGUGGGUAACCGAGGUCGACGAGAAUUUCGAACUUGGUGCUUUACUGCAAAUUUUGCAGCUCGACGAAUUCAAAAAUUCUAUCGACCACACUACAUUUUUCGACAAAAAAAUCGCAAUUACAACGCUCGUGAAAUUCAGCGAGUGUACCGUGGGUAUCUUGGUCGUCAAAGAUACCACCAACUUAUCUACGAACGCAAACUUAAAUGUGGAGGUAAAAUUUGGCAAUGGUAUCGAAAAUGCCUCAAUUAUCGAGAAUUUCAAGCUCGAUCUCGAUGGCUAGUCAAGAAAAUCUACAGCAUUCAAGGCCAAUGGCGCAAGUACAAACGUCGACAGAAUUUCACCAAAUACAUGGCCUAUUAUCGCAAUGCAGCUAUCAAGAUCCAGAGUGUGUGGAGGCAGAAAUUGGCGAUCAAUCACGUGUCUUCCAUGCGCUUAGAAAUGAACGCUGCGGCGCUCACAAUCCAGCGAGUUUUCCGAGGACAUUUGGCUCGAAUACGCGUCGCUUUUUACCGAACAAUUGCCACAAAUACCGCAAUUGUGAUUCAGUCACAAUGGAGACGAUGCCGGGCACGAAAGUUGUACUUGUAUCGACGAAAUUUGAUUUUUCUCACUCAGAAAAUGAUCCGAUAUGCUCGAGUUGUGAGGAGACUAAGAGAAAUCGUCAGUCAAGCUGUAGCCAAGCACCACAACGAGGCUGCUUUGCACAUCCAACGCUGUUUCCGCGGCAUGAUUGGACGAAAACGUGCACUGUUGUUUCGUAAAAUUCGCAAUGCGAAAUAUGCACGGAAAGGUCAAAAUGCGACGCAAGCUUUACUUCGACGAAAAUUCAUCAGCAAAGGAGCUGCACUCUGUAUUCAACACUGGAUUCGCAGUGUAAACGCUCGUCGAAGAAUGCUGAAAAUCAAGAAAUGGAGAUAUUUUCUAGCGGUGCAGUGCAUCCAACGCUACAUGAAGGCGUGGAUAAAAAAAAUGCGAUUAAGUUGCAAGCGAGAAGUUAAAAUUCACGCCGUUGCUGAAAUUCAACGUGUGUUUCGUGGACAUCAAGGUCGUGUGUAUUAUAAGGCAGAAAGACGUCGCCAACGUUAUCUUGAGGCUGCAAUACUGAUUCAAAGAAUAUAUCGAGGUCGACUUGGACGCAAACGCUACGCUCGGAUUUUUCAGGCCAAGUCCAGUGCAGCCUCGAAACUUCAGAAUAUUUAUCGAUCUCGACAAGCUAGAAAAUUAUUUGAAAUCGGUAGAGCUGCGGCUGCCCUCAAGGCCAAAGAGCAACACGAUCGCUCUUUGCUGGGCAGACUGGAAGCUCGACGUAACCCGAUGGACGAGCUUUAUCGUCGAGCUAAACUGGAACUAGAGAAGGAAAUUUUAACGCAACUUAAGGAAAAAUACGAAGCACAUCGAACUCUAGAAGAACGAGCAGUCCGGAAGCUAAAACGAGAAUGUAGCCACGUCUGGACGACCGCGGACGAGAUCAUCAGUAACCAGUACGCAGUUCGACGGAAACUUUACGGAGUUACAGAAAAUGUGUACGCUACGCAUCGAGAGCUCGAACAACGUAAAAAACUGCAUUUUUCGCUGGAAAAAGAAUUAAACGAGCUAAAAACUCACGUACGGGACUUUAAACGAGCGAUGCAGGAAGCGGUGACCAGCCGACGGAUGCUCGAAGGCUGCGAAGUGUUCGAUCUAUUGAAAGAACAAGGACUUUUUCUCGACCCAGAGUCGAACCAACGUGACUAA